AUGGGCAACAAGCAGACAGUCUUCGCUCAUGAGCAGCUGGAAGCAUAUCAGGACUGCACCUUCUUCACAAGAAAGGAAAUCAUGAGGCUCUUCUAUCGCUACCAGGACCUGGCUCCCCAGCUUGUCCCCCUCGACUAUACCAGCUGUCCUGAUGUGAAGGUGCCCUACGAGCUCAUCGGCAGCAUGCCCGAGCUGAAGGACAACCCGUUCCGCCAGAGGAUUGCCCAGGUGUUCUCUGAGGACGGGGACGGGCACAUGACCUUGGACAACUUCCUGGACAUGUUUUCCGUGAUGAGCGAAAUGGCUCCCCGCGACCUCAAAGCUUACUAUGCUUUUAAAAUUUAUGACUUUAACAAUGACGGCUACAUUUGUGCAUGGGACCUGGAGCAGACAGUGACCAAGCUGACGCGGGGGGAGCUGAGCACUGAGGAGGUGAGCCUGGUGUGUGAGAAGGUGCUAGAUGAGGCCGAUGGCGACCAUGAUGGGCGGCUCUCCCUGGAAGACUUCCAGAACAUGAUCCUGCGGGCACCCGACUUCCUCAGCACUUUCCACAUCCGCAUCUGA